GCGGUGUCAGUUCCGGGGGCCGCAGGACCCCGGGGCCUGCUCCGCUCCGCUCUGAGGCGCCCUCGGGGGCUGUCCCCCGGGAAGAGGCCUUCGGGGAUCGGCCCCGGAGCCCGUGGACCGAGGCGCCUCGGGCCGAGCCUUCCCCAGGCUCCAGCGCCGGGGUCUCGCCCCUUGGGGAGGCGGGCGCCGCCCGCACCGCGCGCCGCAGCGCCCCGGCCCCCGCCCUCCGCCGGCGCCUCACCUAUCAGAGUCCCCGUGCGCAUCGCGCGCCGCUCCGCCCACCCGCGAAAUGCGGAGCGAGCCCUGCGGCCCGCGGCCUGGAGCCAGCGCGCCCCUGCCCCCGGCUGCGGCGCCGAGCCCGCGGGGAUGCCGCGCGCACGAUGGCUUUCCUGAAGACGCGGGUGCUGUACGCCUGCCUCCUGGUUGUGGGCGCGCUCUGCGUGUACUUCAGCAUGGACACUCUGGUGGCCUUCAAGGAAGGGCCGUUGGUUUACAAGAAGGAAUUCGGGAAGUUCCUGCAGCUCCCGGAUGCCGACUGCAGGCAGAAGCCCCCCUUCCUCGUCCUGCUGGUGACCUCGUCCCUCCAUCAGGCGGAGGCGCGCAUGGCCAUCCGGGAGACGUGGGGCCGGGAGAGGACGGUGAGAGGGCGACAGGUGCAGGCGUACUUCCUCCUGGGGAUGUCGGCCAGCAAGGCCGAGAUGGCAGCUGUGGCCCGGGAGAGCCAGCAGUACCGCGACAUCAUCCAGAAGGACUUCGAGGACGUCUACUUCAACCUGACCCUGAAGACGCUGAUGGGGCUGGAGUGGGUGUACCACCACUGCCCCCAGGCGGGCUUUGUGAUGAAGGCCGACUCGGACAUGUUCAUCAAUGUGGACUACCUGACCGAGCUCCUGCUCAGGAAGAACAAGACGACGCGGCUCUUCACGGGCCACCUGAAGAUGAAUGAUGUCCCCAUCAGGAACAAGUUCAACAAGUGGUUUGUGAGCAAGUAUGAGUACCCGUGGGACAAGUACCCGCCCUUCUGCUCGGGCACCGCCUACGUGUUCUCGGGCGACGUGGCCAGUCAGGUGUACAACGUCUCGGACAGCGUGCCCUUCCUCAAGCUGGAGGACGUGUUCGUGGGGCUCUGCCUGGCGAAGCUGGGGAUCCGGCCGGAGGAGCUGCACUCCAAGCGGACCUUCUUCCCCGAGGGGCUGCGCUUCUCCGUGUGCCGCUUCCGGAAGAUCGUGGCCUGCCACUUUGUCAAGCCUGCCGACCUGCUGACCUUCUGGGAAGCCGUGGAGAGCUCCCGGGAGGAACAGUGCUAAGGGGUGUCGGAGGAGCCCUGCGGCACACCCAGACGGGCUGCGGAGAGACAGGGGGGCAGGGAGAGGAGGAUGUGGGCGCGGGGGGUCCGCUCGCCCCCGACAGUGCCCCCGGCGACAGCUGCGGCCGAGUCGUGGUCCCCGAGCCAUCGUGCCUGAGUUUGAGACACACCUGCGUUUUCUGCUUGCAGGGGUUGGGUUGGGGGGCAUUGUGUCCCCAUUUCAUAGACAGGGACACAGCAGCUAAGGGAGGGGCAGGCACGGGUCCCAGGCCUCCCAGCCAACUAAUGGUGGGUGGGGAGGAAAAUCCAGCCUUCAGAACCCCCUCUCUGUGCUGCCUCCCGCGGGAGAGGGGGUGAUGACCGUGGCUCGGGGGGAGCCCAGCGUCCCCCAGUCUCUUUCCAGAGUCCCCUGCUGUCAGCUCCCAAUGCUUGUGCUUUGCAGGGCUGAGACCGGGGGUGACCUAACUCAGGCUCCCCUCACUUGCUGGCGUGGGUGGAGCCCGCCCCCCAGGCUCGGCACUGAACGUGCCUUGGCUGCAGCUCACGCCCAGCUUCAGACAGAAAGCGGCUUUCCUGGAUUUGUGGAUCGGGCUGGCCGUGCCGACUGACCAGGCGCUGGCCUCCCUGGAGGAGGCGUGAUGUCACCCCUGAGCUGUCUGUGGCCUCUGGUCUCUUCGCCCCGGGUGCCAUUUGUCUUCUAUUGAUGGGGACCAGAAUGCUGCGAGCCUUCCUGGGAAGCAGCUGGCUCCAAGUCAGGGGGGUUUGCAAAGUCCCCCAGCUCGGACACCACACACCCAGGGGAACCCUGGUCCAGGGGGCUCCAGCCUGGCCCGAGCUCAUCUUCACUGACCUCAUCUGGCCAAGUGAAAAUGGAGGUUUUGCAAACGGAGUUUGCCCUUCCUUCUCUCCCCGCUGCAGAGGUUCCUCUGAGCCUGUUCGGCAGGCUGGUGUGCAGACGAGGCCGUUCGUGGCUAAGGCUUUUGCCAAGUGUGAUGUGCAAGGUGAUCUCGCUGCAAAGCCUGGGGAUGAUUGCACUUUGCUGGGGACGUGGAGAGAGGCCUCCUGGCCAGGCUGCGCAGCGGGGGGUGCAGGCCUGGCUCGGCCUGAGCGCGGGAGGAGCUCUCUGCCGCAGGGUGCGUGGGGCAGCGCGGAGGGGCACGGGGUGGUCCAGAGCCCUCUUCCGCACGGGGUUUCUCUUGCGUGCGGGUUGAGCUGCCGCUCGCGAUGCAUUUCCCCAUCCAGGCUGCUCGGAACCUGAAUGCGCAGGGUCGGGUCAGAAAAGCCCCUUUCUCAGGUGGAAAAUUCUGGGACUGAGCUCCCUUGUGGAAGCCCAGGUUUUGCAAGAGCCGUAGCCCUCGGCGCCGUAGCCCGGGUGCCCCGAUGCUGAAGCCGGUGGUGGGCUUUGAGACGAAGCGGCUCAUCUGGCGAGAGGCCUGGGCCUGCGUGGAGCUGACCGCCUUCUCCAGUGUGGGCUGAGGCCAGGGGAGCCAGCCGCCUCCUACAGAUCAGCCCACAGCCCUUGGCCUUGGGCACACGUGAGUGGAGGCGUGGGUCCCCCCUGCAGCCUCUGUGUGUUCUUCAAGGAUUUGCUACGAGACCCUGUUUCUAGCACUUCCUCUCUUUACCUUCUCCAGGGAGGAGGGAUUCUGGGAUUUGAGGGAGCGUAGAGGUCGUUUGGUCCUGUCUUCUUUCCUCUGUGGGAUGUAAGCACAGCUCGGAGGGACCCGCACGUGGUGUAGGUCCCGGCCAGCUCACUUCUGCUCACUUCUGUUCGUCACGGUGUGGGAGUGUGAGUCAGCAGGCUAGGCGGCGCUUCCCCGUGUGGGGCCCAGGGGGCCCAGCCCAGCGUCCCCGGGCCCCACCAGGCGUCCAGAGGGUUGGUUUGGAAAGCCAUUGCUGUCUGCCAGGUACAAACGAAAGACUUUAUAGCUCGGACCGCACAGCGUUCUGUGAACGCUCCCAGCAGCUCUCCGGGGAGUGACCGCCGAAGUCCUUGGUGUGUACCUGAGCAGACGGAGCCCGAGAGGCUGCACGGCUCGCAAGCCGCUGGGUCUCCCAAGCCGUCAGCUGACCCCGACACCACACACCCCCAGCCUGUAAACCCCGCUGCUCCCCUUCCUGGGUGACCGUGGGGAGGAACCACUCCUGCUGCGCCAGCGCCUGCUCCCUGAGACUGGGUCGCCAGCUCCGCCUACCUCCUCCAGAGCCCGGCUCUGGGCCCUGGCCUCACCCUUGCUGCCCGCAUCCCUGUCCACUGCCCCUACUGGUCCCUCCCCCGGAACACACACACACACGCUGCUUCCCCAGCACACACACACACGCACACACAUACACGAUGCUGCCGUAGUGCGUGCACACACACACAGACACACACACACAUACAUGCUGCUGCCCUAGUGCGUGCACACACACACAGACACACACACAUACAUGCUGCUGCCCCAGUAUACACAUACACGCACAUUCACGCACACGCUGCUCCCCCAGCCCACAGACACGUGCGCACGCGCGCACACACACACACACUCACGUUUUGAUAUCCCGGCAACACAGUGAGCCCCCACCUCCCAGUGACCCUGCCCCUCCAGCUGCCCCCACUUCUGUCUCCGUGGUGGUGUGCCUCGCGCGGGGGGCUCUGUCUCCGUGGUGGUGCGCCUCGCGCGCGGGGGCUCUGUCUCUGUGGUGGUGUGCCUCGCGCGGGGGCUCUGUCUCUGGUGGUGUGCCUCGCGUGGGGGCUCUGUCUCCGUGGUGGUGCGCCUCGUGCGGGGGCUCUGUCUCUGGUGGUGUGCCUCGCGCGGGGGCUCUGUCUCCGUGGUGGUCCGCCUCACACGCGGGCUCUGCUUCCUUGCUGUCUUCUCCCUUCCUUCCACUUGGUCUGGCCGGACCCAGGGGUCUUUUGGAGGUCGCGGGUGGGGUGGUGCCCUGGGACAGCCCUAAGUACUGCAGCUGCUUCCUGGACAAAGUCCCCCCCCCAGCUUCCUGUACCCCCACGUGCUGGGGUUCCCCCUCCCAGCUGGUGGCUGCUUCUCCAUCUCCUUUGCCUCUUGCUUUCCUGUGCUUUUCCUGUCGGGGACUGGGGGGCCCGGGCUCUGCCUUGGCCCUGCCUUCUCCAGGGAUCCAGGUUGUGCAGGGAGCACCCCCGGCUUCACGGCUCCUUUGUUACGAGGCCCAUGGCCCCAUCAUCCCCAGCCCAGGACUCUCUCUCUGCGGUAGCCUGCACACUGUGUCCUUGAUUUUGCACAACAAGCAGACCUAGGACUCCGCUUGCGAUCGCUCCUUCCCGGCCUCGCGCUGUCUGCUAUUGGCUCUCAUCCUUCUGGGCUCAGGCAGAGACCCUGCUGUCCGCGUUGACUUCCCUCUCUCAGCUGCUGGGUCGGGGACCUCUGUCAGGUUCUACCUUCAGAGUCUACCCAGCAGCUAGCCGCCCGGCUCCACCGCCACCGCCCCACCCUUGCCCAAGCUGAUCGCCUCUCAUUCGCCUGCCUGCACCGGCAUCCGACCUACUCUGUCGGCCCCUCUCUGUGUCCCUGUGACCUGUUUCCAACAGUGUCCUUUGAAAGUGCGCACCAGAGCUCCUGCUGUGGGUUGAAGCAUUGCCCCAGCCCCACCUGUGGGGGGCUUACUGCCCAGGCCCACUGUCGUGGGAGGUGGGGCCCAGCGGGCACUGAUGGCUGGCGAGGGCCCUGCCUUCCUGAGUGGAUUCUUGUCGCGUUAGCCAGCUCACGAGUGAGUUGUUAAAAACACGCUUGUCCCCUCUCGCUGCUGGCCCUCACCCGCUCUUGCCUUCUGUGGCCUGCCGUGGGUGGUGGCAUGCUGGCGCCACACUCGGGCACGCCCCAGCCCCAGGGCUGUGAACCAAAUACAUGUUGUGUCUUCAUGUUUAUACCAGGCUCAGGUAUUCUGUUGAGCAGCACGGAGAGGACUAAGAUCGCAUCUCCCCUCGCUGCCCCAAACCCUCCAGGGGCCUCUUGUUUGAGUGGCCAGCCACGUCCUUUGUCCUGAGAUCUGUCUGUCCUCAGCCCCUCACUCUCCUUUUGCUCACUCCUGCCUCCGUGCUGUUUCUCGGACGUCCACCCCAGGGCCUUUGCACUGGCUCUUCCCUCUGCCAGGAGGGCCCUUUCCCCCUUAUUCUCAAGGCUCACUGCUUUGCGCCCUGCAAGUCUUGGAUCAGGGAGGCCGACCCUGCCCUCCUCGUGUGAAAUCACAGCUCAGCCCACCUCCCUGUCUUCUUGCCUCAGGAUUUUCCCAUUGCACUUAGCAGUUGUUCAUGGAGCGUGUAUAAGGCCUGCUUAUUGUGUCUAUUUUGUUUAUUGUUAAUGUUUCAGCCAACCCGAGUGUAAGCUUUGGGUGGGGGAGCCCUUCCUAAUUUCUUUGUUGCCGCACUUGGAGCUGUUAGGGUGGUGCCCGGCACAUGUGCUGGGUGGAACAGAAUUGGCUGUUGUGCACUGCGGCUUUUAGAAGGGAGUAGGCGACUCAGGACCGCGAACAUGCAGGAUCUGAAACACGGCCCAGGAUGUGACGCCCCGUGAGUCAGCGGUGGGGACCCAGGUGCGCUUUUAUUGACGGAGUGACCUGAAAACCCAGAAGCGCUAUAAACAGGGCUUGGCGGCUUCGAGCCCGUCCCUUUCCAGAACGUUGCUGGGAGAAUUGCAUCGCACAGGCCAAGUGUGAGAAAGGUGGACGGGCGCAGCUUCACCGGGAGGGGCAUCCCUGGGCUUGGGAGCCGGAGUGCCACGUCCAUCUGAAAUCCGGUGAAGGGCCGUGAUGCAGGACGUAGCUUCCCUUGGACACCUGCCCGUUGCGUAGACUUCGGGGUCUGUGCGAACAAUGAAAAUGAAAGCUUACUGGAGUUCGUCUGGCAGAACCCGUGCGUGUGAGGUCUUCCGAAGGCCUCACUGACCCUAGAGUUGCGGGAGGUAGGGGAGUGAGCCUUGACAGUGCCCCAGGAAAGGACGGCCCUGGCAGAGGGGGCGCUCCGUGCCGGGCCGGAGGAGACUUCGCACGGAUCUAGGAAAAUUGCUCCUACGAGAGCCCCUUCGCUUGCACUUCCCGUGAACUUGGCAGUGCCCUCCUGUGGACCGCGGUCGGAGAAACUCCUCAAGAGAAGCGCUUUGCUUUUGCACACUGCAGUCCGAGUCGCGUACGCGAUCGCUGAAAAUUGCUCUGGUCCCCAGGGGCUCUCGGUGACUUGGGAGGGGAUCCUCGGGUCAUAGCUGUUUCCUAGAGACUCCACUUUGUCCCCAGAGCUAAGUCACUCCCUUGCUCUCUGCAAUCCUGGCCCCAGCUUACUCGUUGAAUGCGUAGGAAGCUUCGCUUGUCCUGUCCUGUCUACAACACAGUGUAUUUCUCAGGGGUGUGUGUGCACCCCGAGUGCAUUGGCUCUGGGCAGCAGGACCCCCGAUUUCCAGCUCCCCUGUCCCUACCCUCUGGGUCCUGGGGGGUUCACAUCCUCAUUGCUGCAGGCGACAACUGGAACAGAAAGCAAGAACCAGGUUUAUUUGCUUAUUUAUUUUUUAAAGUUUUAUUUAUUUGAAAGACAGUUAUGGGGAUGGGGGAGAAACAGAACGAAAGAAAUCUUCCAUCCACUCCCCAAAUGGUCAGGAUAGUCAGGGCUGGGCCAGGUCGAAGCUGGGAGCCAGGGACUCCAUCUGGGUCUCCCAUGUGGGUGCAGGGACCCAAGGACUUGGGCCAUCUUCCAUUGCUUUCCCAGGUGCAUCAGUAGGGAGCUGGAUUGGAAGUGGAGCAGCUGGGACUCGAACCAGAGUUCCCACUGAGGGUGGAGACGCAGCCACUCACCCUUCAAAUGCCGCGUCCUGUGAGCAGCCUCACCCUUCUCCCCCAGGCUCAGGGCCGCGUGGCCCCAGGAGGUGCCUCUGCUGCUCCUUCCUGGUCUGGUUGGUCCUUUGCCAUCUGUGGCCUCCCAGGCCUUCUCUUCCGCUGGCCCCCUGCUCUGUCCUGGCUGCCUGAGUCUCGAGUUCACUCAGGUUGUGUUGAAUCAGAACACAGGCCCCCCAGUCCAGCCCCUGUUCCUUCUUGUUCUAUCCAGAGCCCCUUCACAGCCGGCCUCUGGGCCCAGCACUCUGCUGCCAGGCUCUGCCAGCCUGUGAGUGUGCGUGGUGUGUGUGUGUGUGUGUGUGUGUGCAUGUGCGUGUGUGUGUGUGUGAGUAGUGUGUCCAAGCCUCACGCUGGCUCCACCGUCAGGGGCGGCUGCUUUCUGACAUGCAUGGCCCAUGUGUAUCAAUUUAAAAGUAGGUGAGUGGAUUAAACCUGUGCCUUAGGUGCCAGCAUCCCAUAGAGGCACUAGUUCAAGUCCCAGCUGCUCCACUUCCAGUCCAGCUCCCUGCUAACGCACCUGAGAAAGCAUCGGAAGAUGGCCCACGUCCUUGGGCCCUGCAUGCAUGUGGGAGACUGGGAGGAAGCUCCUGGCUCCUGGCUUUUUGGCCAUUUGGGGAGUGAACCAACAGAUGGAAGAUCAUGAUCUCUCUCUCUCUGUAACUCUGCCUUUCAAGCAAAUAAAUCUUAAAAAAAAAAAAAAAGAGUCGACGAGACGGUGUUUCCAUUUCCUCCAUGUCUCCCCCAUUUGGAAAUAUUUGCUUUCUCCUAACUCUUGGGGAAGAACCGAUUUUCCACCGUUGUGUGGGGUCUGACGGGGAGGCCUUCCCGGUGGCUGUCCCGGGGCCUGGGGGAGGAGCCCCUCUCUAUCUGUUGGGCGAGGGGUUCCCAGCACUGCCUCGUGGAGUGGGUUAACGGAUGCAGACGGGAAGUGAACCCCAGAGUCCCUUCCAGCACCGGCCUCCGAGGCCGCUGCUGUCACCGUUGGGGCCACCGGGACUCCAGCGUCUGUGUGUGACGUUGGGAAACCACCAGCGGCCCAGGGGUCUGAAACAAAGGGUCAGCUGCAUCUCUGUGGUGGGAGAGGCGCCCACGUGUUCCUUCGGGAACAGAGGGGAGGAUUCGUGGGCACGGGGAGACCUGGCAAGGCUGGCGAGCAGGAAGGGACCCUGUGCUCCGAGGUGGCCGAGAAGCCGAAGGGUGAAGCUGGGGUCAGGAAGGCCUGGGCCAGCCCACGAGAUGGCCGAGCGCCCACCCACCGCAAGAUGGCCAAGCCAAGAAUGAGUGUGUAAUUAAAAUGUUAGGAAGGAUUUCCUGCUACUUCUCAGGUGAAUACUUGAAUAUGAGUAAUGGGUGGUUUCCACGGAACGGAGUGUUUGGGUCCCGCGUUCUGCCCCCUUGUUCGUCCGAUGGGAACAAGUGCAUGGUGUGUGCGCGGUGUGGCUGGUGGGCACCCACUUGGCCUGGCUCAGAGCCUCUGCUGCCACCGUGGUGCUCCUGGGAGCCAACACGAGGCCCGCGGGCCCAGGGCUCCAGUCCUGCAGUCGGCUACCUUGUACUCUGGGAGGUGUCUGAAGGUGGCCUUGAACCUGGUCAGAUAAGACCACGGCCACAACUGCACCGUGACUGGGAGCCGCUUCGCGCUGACCAACCGAGGCCACUGUGGGGUUAAAGUUCUUGCUCUUCCUAAAAAACUGGAGAUUAAAUUUUAAGUCGCUGAAUGGUGUUUGAAACUGUUGUUUCCUUGUGUGUCUUGGGGAUGCACUAGACUCUAACGCUAUCAUAUUCUGGGAGUGGAGCCAUGUAUUUAUUUAUGAUUUUGCUAAUCACGGUAUUUAAUUAAUAAAGAUUAAAUUGUUGAAA